AUGGUGAACUUUAGUCUGCGGCUGCGGGACAACGUCGUCGCCGAGUGGCGCAGCGACUACGUGGACUACGACGGCCUCAAGCAGAUGCUCGAGCACCAGCUCGAGAUCGAAGCGGCCGCUACGAGCCGCCGCCGGCCGUGUGACGAGCACCACAGGCCGCACAAGGAGCGCCACUGGCCGUCCCUGACGACGCCCAAUAGCCCGCGCAUCGCAAAAGCCAUUGGCUGUAAACGCGCCACGUUCCUGGAACGCUCUGGGGCGCCACUGACGGCCGCUGACUCGGAGCAGCUCCAGUCGCUGCUCUCGCCGCGCGUCGCGUUCGAAGACGCGCUCGAGUGCGAGUACGCGAAAGUGGAGCACGCGUACAAGCGGCACGCAGCUCAGCUGGGCGAGCAGCUCGAGCACUUGCACGCUCAGUAUCGAGCAGACGCACCGGCAACGGCUCAGGAAUCGCUCAAGAAUUCGCUCGUGGAGCUGCACCGGAUGCUGAACCUCCUGCACAACUUUGCAGUGCUGAAUUACACUGGAUUUGUCAAGCUGUUCAAGCGCUACGACAAGCUCGCGCGCGUGUCGGCCGACAAGCGCAAGGCGCAGAAGGCCAAGCUACAGACGCUUGAGUUUGCCAAAGCCCGUGCGUGCUUGAGACUCUUGAAACAAGUGGAACGAUCAUUUGCCGAGUGGUUCUGUGAUGGCAACGUGACGGUGGCAGUCGCGACGCUCAUGACAAAGAAGGAGGAUUUCGUCAACUGGGGGCACAUUUACCUCGGCAUCAAGAGUGGAUCGUGUCUUGUCUUGCUCAUAUGGGUGUGCUGGGACUCGCUCGUGGUCCCCACGUUUCAUAAUGAACGGGAAGAUCAUCUCAUUGAUCUUGUACGGACCCGUGCGUAUCCGGUCUACCGUGGCAUUGGCUGUCUCCUUUUGCUGCACUGGCUAGUCGGAGUGUCGCUCUACGCGUGGCGCGCAGCACGAAUCAAUUAUCGGUACAUUUUUGAGCUGAACCCACGACGCGCGCAGUCGUACCCGCAGGUGUUCAGCGAUGCCACCAACAUGACCAUUGCGUACUUGGCGAACGUGUUGCUCUACUACAAGGUCGUGAACGGUUACUUCCCGGAAGAGCUGCUACACCGUGGGUACUAUCCGCUGGCGCUCUUUCUGUACACCUUUUACUUUUACGCUAUCCGUCCAUGGGGACAGCAGCUUGGUAUGCUGCGAACGUUGUGGGAAGUCGUGUGUUCGCCACUAUACCCGGUGUCGUUUUUCCACACUUUUGUGGGCGACUACCUGACGAGCACGGUCAAAGUGAUGCAAGAUGUCAGCUGGUCAGUCUGCUUUUUCACGACAAAGGAGUUUCUGCGCAAAGAUGUGAUUCCGAGUGGUGUCGGCACACAGGAUCCGCAGACUUUGUCAGUGGAUGCAACUGAGGAGACCUGUGCUGACAACGUAUACUACCUGAACAUGGUGGUGCCAUUGGUGUGCGUGUUACCGCUGUGGUGGCGGUUUCUGCAAAAUCUCCGCCGCGUGUACGACACCAAGACGUGGUGGCCGCACUUGCCCAAUGCUGCCAAGUACGCCCUCGCGCAGGUGGUCGUGCUCUUUGGUCUUUUCCACCCUUUGCACGACGACGAGAGCGACGAGACUGCGUUGCACAUGCACGUGCGAAUGUUCGUGGUCGUGUGGCUGUUCUUGUUCACGGCAAGCUCGCUGUACACGUGGAUUUGGGACGUGACAAUGGACUGGGGUCUGGGUCGACCGCGGUUCAAGUUCCUGGGCGACUCGCAAAUGUUUUCGCGCAAGUGGGUCUACUACGCUGCCAUCGUCGCUGACCUCUUUUUGCGCUUUGCGUGGACGCUCACGCUCAUUCCCCCGCGCGGUGCGGCUCGCUGGCUUCCGCUGUACUUACAGCCUUUUACGAUCGUGCUCGAGCUGUUCCGCCGAACCUUUUGGAGCUUCUUCCGUCUGGAGAAUGAACACCUUCGCAACACACAGGGAUUCCGUCGCGUGGACUUCAUCCCACUUCAUUACGACCACGGCGUCGGCGACGUGGACAAAGACGUCGGCAAGGCAGAGGAGCAGCUGGACUUUCGGGUCUUUACGCUCAAGAUCUUGGCCGUGCUGUUCACAGUGUUGGGGCUCAGUGUCGUUGCUAUUGUUGUCGAGCGGUAG